UAUAUACAUACAUACAUACAGAGUUAGUGCGUGUUUGGUGUGUGUGUUUUUCAUAAUGGAAGCUACUAGAAACGAAACCCCAAUAAUCAAGGUUGUGAUGUUCCCAUGGUUAGGUUAUGGCCACAUAACACCCUACCUCGAGUUAGCCAAGAAACUCACCACCAGAAAUUUCAAAAUAUACCUUUGCUCCACCAUAGCCACACUCACUUGCAUCGAAGAAAAAAUUACUCCGAAACUCUCCCACUCCAUCAAACUAGUCCCACUCCUCUUGCCCGUUUUACCGGGCCUUCCACGUAAGCUCCACACCACUAACGGGCUCCCGCCCCAUCUCAUGCCAAAACUCAAGGAAGCCCUCGACUCGUCGGUCGACGAGUUCUCCAAUAUUCUUGCAGAUAUCAAGCCCGAUUUGCUCAUUUACGAUUUUCUCCAACCGUGGGCCCCACUCGUUGCGAACGAGCAAAAUAUCCCGGCUGUCCAAUUCAUCACGAGUAGCUCCACCAUGACUUGCUUCAUGUUCCACUACUUCAAGAAUCCGGAAACGGAGUUCCCGUCGAAAACGAUUCGCUUUCGCGACUACGAAUCGGAUAAGAUGGAGAAGUUGUUGGCUUGUGGGAGAAACCUCGAGGAGAGGACUAAGGCGGUUGUGGGUUUCGAGAGGUCGCUCAAGAUUGUGCUGAUCAAAGGGUUUAGGGAUAUCGAAGGUGAGUAUAUUGACUAUUUGACCGAGUUGGUCGGAAAAAAAUUUGUUCCGGUGGGCCCCUUGGUGCAGGAGCCGACCCCCGACGAAAAGGGCGACGAAAUUAGCGACGAGAUUCUCUCGUGGCUAGACAAGAAAGAGGAGAAAUCGACUGUUUUUGUCUCGUUCGGGAGCGAGUAUUUUCUCACUAAGGGAGAUCUAGAUGAGAUUGCUUAUGGUUUAGAAAUGAGCAAACUCAACUUCAUAUGGGUUGUGAGGUUUCCGAAAGGUGGUUCGAAUGGGCUUUCUAACGGGUUGUUGCUCGAGAAAACCUUGCCUAGAGGGUUUCUCGAUAGGGUUGGAGAGAGGGGUAUGGUUUUGCAGGGGUGGGCCCCGCAGGCGAAGAUUCUAGAACAUCCUAGUGUCGGAGGUUUUGUGAGUCAUUGCGGUUGGAAUUCGGUUCUUGAAAGCAUGAAUUUUGGGGUCCCGAUUAUUGCAGUUCCAAUGCAUCUUGACCAGCCGAUCAAUGCUCGGCUUGUCGAAGAAGUUGGUGUAGGUGUUGAAGUUGUGAGGGACGAGAAGAAUAGGCUUCGUAAGGAGAAACUGGCUGCAGUUAUCAACGAGGUUGUCGUUGGAGAUGGCGGUGAGUUUGUCAGAAAAAGGGCUGCUGAAAUGAAGGAGAAUCUUAGGACAAAGAAAGAUCAAGAAAUUGAUGAUGUUGUGGAACAACUCUUUGCUGUAAUGAAAGAGUUUCAAUCAAGAAAUUAGUUGCUGCUGUUUCUUGAUUUGUUUUUUUUUUUUUAAAUUUAAUUUUAGCUAUAUAUUAUGCAGUAGAAUGAUUUGUUUUAGUCUUGGAAUAGACUUUAGUUGUUCAUGCAGGAAAACAAAACACUGUAUUAACUUGUGGUUUUAUGAAGCCCAGUUAAAGUAUGGUUAAUUAGUAUUUAUAUAAAUUUAUUUCUAGUUUU